AUGGAGGUCAGUGAGGUUUGUCCCACAGGUCAGGCUUCUGCACAGGGUGAUGGAAACUUUUGGCUAUUGCUUGCAAUGCUUUUCAUGCUUGUGCUGGUGGUUGGUUUAGCAGUGAAGGGGUGUUUCAUGUUGCGGCAAACAGCUACAGACUCGACUCACUGUUGGAACCAGGUAGGUGAUGAAGACUCAUACAUAGCAACACAAGAAGAACGUUUGGAACAGUUUCUAGCGGAAUUGAAGGACGAGAUUCAGACAGUCAGCAAUGAAACAAGCAUGACACAUGACUACGCUUCAGGUCUUCACUAUGCAAUUGUGGGGCAUGGAGGUUACCUGAGGAAUGGACUUUCUCAUCAACCAUGGGUUCACCUAUCUACUUUGGAAAGAGCAAACUUGGUGACUGCUCGCGUGAUGGGAUCAGCCGCGUACAUGAGAAGCUUGCGUCAACGUUUUGCUCCUCAGGGACCAUCAGAUGAAACCGAUGUGAAUGCAAUGGAUACUUCAGAUGAUGGAAACAAUGAUGCAAUGCCUUCUGCAAUGCCAGAGGCGACCACACCUUCAAGCGCGGAAUCAAUUUCUGGAAUGGUUGACUUUCUCAAGGCAGAACACUUGGGAUGCCUAGAGCGUGGCGAGCUCUGGGAUGCAAACGCGAUCCAAAGAGUCAUUUUGAAUUUUCUAGAAAGUUCUGCGAAUCAACUGGUAGAGACAUGA